ACGAUAUAGGCUAUUUACUGAACUGUUCGCUGUUGCAGGCUGGGUACCAGUACGGUACGGUGUGUCUGUGCUUGAGUAACAUGUCUGAAUACAAUAGUUUGAAGGAUAUUUAUUACCACUUUUUGAUUUUCCUGCAUGAGAAUGCUGGAAUGAGGCAUUUCAAAUACCUGCAAACGACUACCGGUAUCGCUUCAUAUGAGAGCAAAGCGGUAGACUGGUAGAGCAGACGUUUUAUCAAUAUUCUAAUAUUGAAGUUCUUGCGCUGCAUAUAGCUGUAUAGGCAAAUCUUAUCAAAAGAAGGGUCAAAAAGUAAAUGUUCACUAUCGGUACGGUACCGGUAUAGGCUGGUACAGGCACUUUCGCUAGUGGACAAAAGUUUGAUUCAUCAAGAGGCCGAGGACAACCACUAUCUGACCGGAUUGGUCAUGGAGAAGUUAUUCAUGGAUGGGAAGAAGGAAUCCUAAAGAUGAGCAUUGGACAAAAAGAGCAAAGCUGAUUUGCAGAAUUUAAUGCUGUUUAAAUAAAAAUGGAUAAUAGUGAUGAAAAGUCAACAAACUCAAGGAAGAAAGACAAAGACUCGCUUUUGCAUUUUAAAGUUUCGAGAUUCAUCAUUGAGUCGUCAGCAAAGUUGAAACUGAAUUCAGUAACUUUGGCAAGUGCUUGUGUUUUAUAUCACAGAUUUUACCAAGAAUGCGAAAUAGAAGAUUAUGAUCCCUACACGAUCGCUGCAACUGCUAUAUUUCUUGCAACAAAAAUAGAAGAACAACACACCCGACUUCGUGAUGUUGUCAACGUUUGUCAUCGAACUCUAUUCCCGAGUAAACCCUUGUUAGAAAUUGGACGGGAACUAUAUGAUUUGAAAGACACAAUUGCUAAUUGUGAGCUAUUGAUAUUACGAGUUUUAGAAUUUAAAGUCACUUGCGAUCACCCACAUAAAUAUAUCUUACAUUAUUUAAUGUCACUCUCUCAAUUUUUCAAUAGAAGAGAAUGGGAGAGACAUACCGUUGCACAAACUGCUUGGGCAAUACUUCAGGACUGUUAUCAUGGGACUAUCUGCUUAUCGCAUAGGCCACAACUCGUUGCUAUUAGUUGUAUUUAUUUAGCACUACUAACAUGUAAAGUUGAAGUUCCGUUGAAACAUUCAUGUAAAACUCCAUGGUGGAAAGUGUUUCAUUCAACAGUUUCGAAACAUGAAAUAUCGACUGUGAUGGAUGAAAUAGUAGACUUGUAUAAUUUGGAAAAACAGUGUUGAUGCUGGCAAAUGUUGUUUGUACUAUAGCAUAGGUUCUUAAAGCUCUUAAUACGUAGCCUCAGGGCUCCCUGAGAGAAACCUAGAGGCUCUGCGAGCUAUUAGUUUACUUAUUAAAAUACUGACUUGGCUAAUCUUGUAAGUGUCCAAAGAUGCAAUAAUGUCAUUAAUGAAAUUUGACAAGAGCAGUGUCAAACAAAAUGUGACAACAACGCGGUAUUUCAAAUAUGACAUUACCUAUUAAACGGUAAUUUCCAAUAGAUAACUUUUAUAAAUUUUAUGUGGACUCUGUUAAUAAUAGUCAACCUUUUCACAGGCUCCUACACCAAAAGUUUGAGAACCCCUGCAUAGCAUAGUGUGAGUCCUACUGUUAUGAUGUUGCCUACCCAAGCGACACCAUGUUAAAUUUUGACCCAUGCCAUAAAUUGCUAAUUAAAGUACAGAAUUAAGUGAUGUCUAUUCUGUCUUAUUAGGGAUAGACAAUGGAAGACCUACCACUAUAGGAGAAUAGACUCCAUCUGCACUCAUAGCUUGAGGUAGAUCCAAGCCAUACAGCUACAGGGAAAGCUUGGUUAGAUUUUGAUUGGCCAAAUUUUGCUUUUACCUGACCCAACAUUAAUUCGGUAUUUUAGUACUGAAAUUACCUGAAAACUUUAAAUGAAUAGACAAAAAAUUUGUAUAAGUGGAUUUCCAGAUUUUGUGGAUUCUUAUUUUUUUUGAAAACAAACAGAAAUUCAAUUAAAAUAAAGUACGAAAAACAUUAAUUUUGGACACAUUCAUUUCAUUAAAUCUAUUGUUACAUGCAGUCCUAUAUCUCUGAAUGCCAAUUUGAUAUUAUGCUUACUGGCACUUUUGUUUUUGUAUUAAUUCCAUCCAAAGCAAUAUGUCAUAGGAAUAUUAUUUGCUGAUUUUGGAACUAUUUUUAACUUAUGUAGUAUUAUUAGACACAACUAAAUCCAUACUUGUGAUAUUUAUGUAAUUCAAAGAGCUAUCUUUAUUUAUUUAGUGACUUAUGCUGAGUGUCUUACUAUCCUACCAAGAUUGAACUGGUUAUUCACUGUAACUCCCAGGCAUGGGCCAUCUCUGAAUCCAUUUAAAUAUGAUGUUUAUUAUGUUGUUAAGCUUUCAUUGCAAUUUAGCUCAAUGUUGCAAGCAUUGCAAAUAUUUGUGUUAGUUUAUUAUUAAUGUGAUUAAAUUCUGAGUUAGUUUAAGCAUUUAUAGGUUGUUGUGGCUAUGGAAAGUCAUGAUUUAUAAUAAUAUUGUCAUGUGGGGAAUUUUUAUUAGACACAAUAUAUUGUUAGUAUAUUAGUCAUUCAUGCUUUGCUCCGAACAAGGCAUUGUGCAAAUAUAAGGGGAUACAUUCGUUGGAUAGUUGUACUUGGUAUGUACAAUGCUCAGCCACACAGCAAUAACAAUUGAAAAUUUUGCCUGGAUUUAUAGUAUUAACAAUUGUGAGAGUAAAUAAAUUGAAGUGAGAAUAAAUUUUAUUGUAUGAUAAUUGAUAAAUGAGAACUACAAGCACAAUGAGAAUCAUUAAUAAACAAAGAAAAGGAAUUUUCAACUGUUACCACUCAAGAAUCGGGGAAAUUUUUUUCCCUGUAGAUAAUGUUUCAAAUUGCAUUUAUAUAUCUGUUCAGUGUCUUUAAUAAGAGAAUAAUUUUGUUUAUUUUCAG